AUGGUGCUUUCGUUAUCCGUUCCUAGCUUCUCUAGAUCCGCCACAAAAUCCCCCCCGCUCCGAUCCCGGGAUACCAAUCCCUCCGCCACCUUAAAUGAGGCUCUUCGCAAUAACCCGUUCGGAACCACAUCGCAGUCUCGCUCGAGGACGCCGCUGACCUCCCAUGUUGAUGUUGAGGAGCAGACGCGAGAACAGGAGGAACUGAACCAAGCCCUUGAAACCCUCGUUCGGAUUUUCCCGGACGUGAAGAUCGAGGUGUUUCGUGAACUGCUUAUACGAUUUGAUGGGAACAGCCGACUUCAUGUUUGCGUGGAACAGCUUCUGCGUCACAAGGAAAAAUGGGUAGCAGGGCGAUGGAACGUACCAGCUGGAGCUGCGGGGAGCGAAGGAGGGGAUGCAGUGGCCACCUCUCCUUCCAGCCAGAGCGACGGCGGGGCUCCGGUACCCCGAGACGAAUUAUUCCGGACGAAUGAAUAUAAGAGUUCUGUGAAAGGACUUCUUACGAAGGAGUUCAAUGGGAUGAGCAGGAGCACGGUGGACGCGGUGCUAGCGGAGGGGAAUUUCAGCUAUAUACGGGCCCGGCCGAUCCUACAAGACCUUUCACGGAAGACAUGGAGAGCGACCUUCAAUAGCAUUCUCCCAUCCUUUAAGCGCAAGAAAUGUAAAGAUGACCAUCCCCUCAUAGCCUGGCAACGCCGUGUAGAUGGGGAUCUAGUCCCCCGAUUGAAGGAGACGGGAUGCCGCGAGUUGGACAUAGAGCUGCACGAGGCGUUGGUUGCGCCACUACUUCGAGCGCGAAAUGAGGAACGGGAACGGGGAGAUUUGAAACUCGCAGAGGAGUUAAACGAACAGGAAGCCGAGGCGGCUGGCGCAUUGUAUGAGUGCGAAUGUUGCUUCACAGAUGUCACAUUCGAACAGAUCUCGACCUGUUCAGACAACAUGCAUAUAAUCUGCUUCAACUGUAUCCGCCACACUGUUCAUCAAGCACUCUUUGGCCAGGGUUGGAAUACCUCUGUGGAUGUCGAGAGGUCCACGCUGAAAUGUUUGGCACCAUCUUCCCAUGAGCAAUGCCAAGGUGUCUUGAACGCCCAGAUCGUCAAACGGGCCAUCCUUCUGGACAAGGCAGGGCUUGAAACCUUUUCCAAAUUCGAAGCCAGACUUGCCUCCGAUGCACUUCUGAAGUCGCAGUACAAGCUUAUCCGAUGUCCGUUCUGCUCGUACGCCGAAGUUGACCCCGUUUACCAUCCUUCUGCCAAUGGCAUUAUCUGGCAUUUCCGUCGGGACGGAUUAUUUCCUACCCUCUUUAUGAUGAUAAUCGUACUGGACACAGUGCCCUUCCUUCUCGUCUUUAUGGCUAUUUUCUACAUUCUAGAUCCUACUGUGGUCCCUAAUUUUUUGAACAACGCCCUAAUCAAUUUAUGUCUCAAGGGACGGAUGAAGCGGUUUACUUGUGCAAACCUAAGCUGUCGACAGGUUAGUUGCAUAACCUGUCAGAAACCUUGGCGUGACCCCCAUGUCUGUCACGAACCUUUACUACUUGACCUUCGAGCCACUGUUGAGGCUGCUCGAACGGCUGCCGUGAAGCGCACUUGCCCACGCUGUGGCCUAUCCUUUGUCAAGUCCUCCGGGUGCAACAAACUAACCUGCACCUGCGGCUAUUCCAUGUGUUAUUUAUGUCGCAAGGCUCUUGGGCCGCCAUUGAACGCUGGCGAUCGUGGUCGUGCCCGCCAACAAGAGAAUAUUAAUCCAUUAGGCAGGGCGGCUUUAGGCCUGAGAAUGGGGGACGAGGAGGAAGAGGAGGAAGAGGAACACGAGGGAUAUAGACAUUUCUGUGAACAUUUCCGCAUCAACCCGGGGUCUCGCUGCACUGCAUGCAACAAAUGCGAGCUCUAUCAAGAUGAAGACGAAGAAGCGGUGGCACGCCGUGCAGGUGAGAAGGCAGAACACGAAUGGCGAAUGCGCCACCAGAUGGCCGGAGUAGGGCUCGGGUCCACUAAUGUCAACAAUGAUCUCUCAAUCACUCGGAAUAAGAAACAGACGAGCCUCUUCCCCCGUGGCCAGGGUAAGAGCUGGGCCUACUGGUUCGACGAAAUGUGGCAGUCUGGACAAUGGAAGAUGGAGGGACAAUUACUGGCAGAUUGGAUCGUGGAGCGAAUUAUUGUUGUCCAGGAAUCUUGA